AUGCCAAAAAUCAUAGGUGAGGGGUCGGUGAAGUCGUUUUGCUCUGAUGAAGACUGGAAGUUCUCUGAAAAGAUGUCAUCACGAUCUGUUCAACCGAAAUGGAAACCGCUGCAUCGGUGCAGAAGAUCCAAAUGCAGUAACAAUGACUUUUCUGAAAACGAAGAACUAACAGCAGUAAGCGAAGAUAAGGAAGGUCUGGAGGAGUUCAUAACGCCCCCACUGCGUACUAUUCCAGGAAUUGAAUUAGAAUAUAAACUGGAAGAAUGUGCCCCGAAAACUUUAUCUGCAAUUGAGGAGACUUCAAUAUCAUCAGGAUUAUCUUGUGAAAUGCAGGUUCAGAGCGAACAACUUUUGGGACGAAGUUGA